AUGGCUCGGGCUUUGAGCCCAAUUGAUGGAUCUCCAGUAACCUCAAAACCAGAUGCCCCAUAUCUCCUGGUCCGUGAGGCGAGCAAAGUCCGAAUUAGGGGACCAGUCAAACCCCAGAACGAAAGCACGACACUGAUGAGCAUGAGCAUGGGACGUCAAUCUAAUAGCAGUGCAGUCCUCGGUAGGCGUUUUACCUACGUACAAGACACAUCCUAG